UUUCUCGCUGGCUGGCUGGCUGGCUGGCUGGGGCUCCUCUCCGGGGCCGGAGGCAUGCGGAACCGUCCCCCGCGCACGGAGGCAUCCUCCUCCUCCUCGCCCUCCUCCUCGCCGCCGCCGCAGCCGGCCGCGCAGCCCGGGCGGGGAUGCUGAGCCGCGGGGCGGCGGAGAGACCCCGCCUGGCCCGCCCCUCCGGCUCCCCAGGGCCCCUCGAGGAGCGUGGGGGUCUUUCUGAAUGAGGCAGCCCCCCCACCCGGCGGGGAGGCGCCCUGGAGACUCACUUAAGGCAGAGGCGAGCAGGGCAGGGCGGCAGAGCGGGAGAUCGCCUCCCCCGCACGACCCCCCGGCGCUCCCCUCUUCGCGGCCCCCCCGCCCCCCCCCGCCAUGGCGAAGGAGAGGAAGAAAACGGCGCUGCUGGAAUUGCUCCAGAAAGAAGGGAACGGCGGAUGCGCUGAUUGCCAGGCCAGCGAUCCGGACUGGGCAUCUCAUACCUUGGGGGUGUUCAUCUGCUUAAAUUGUUCGGGGAUCCACCGCAACAUCCCCCACAUCAGCAAGGUGAAAUCCGUCCGCAUGGACGAGUGGGACUGCGGGCAAGUCGAGUUCAUGGCUUCUACGGGAAACACUGCCUCCAAAGCAAAAUAUGAAUCAAAAAUCCCACCAUUUUAUUAUAAGCCAAUUUUCUUGGACUGCCUAGUGCUACGAGAACAGUGGAUCAGGGCUAAAUACGAAAGGGAGGAAUUCAUUUACAUCGAGAAGCAAGAACCUUACUCUGCAGGUUACCGGGAAGGAUUUCUUUGGAAGAGGGGCCGUGACAACGGGCAGUUCCUGAGCAGGAAAUUUGUCCUUUCGGAAAGGGAAGGUUCCCUGAAGUAUUACAACAGAAAUGAUGCCAAAGAACCCAAAGCGAUUAUGAAAAUCGAGAAUCUCAAUGCCACAUUCCAGCCGGAGAAGAUUGGAAACCCCCAUGGGCUGCAGAUCACCUAUUUGAAAGACAACAGCACAAGGAAUAUCUUUGUUUACCAUGAAGAUGGCAAGGAAAUGGUGGACUGGUUCAAUGCCAUUCGGGCAGCGCGAUUCCAUUACUUAAAAGUGGCGUUCCCUGGAGCCAGCGAUAUUGAUCUGGUGCCAAAACUUUCAAGGAAUUAUCUGAAAGAAGGCUACAUGGAGAAAACUGGGCCAAAGCAAACGGAAGGGUUCAAAAAACGCUGGUUCACCAUGGAUGACAGAAGAUUAAUGUAUUUUAAGGAUCCUUUGGAUGCCUUUGCCAGAGGAGAGGUUUUUAUUGGGAGCAAAGAAAACAGCUACAAGGUCUCGGAAGGGCUCCCACCAUCCACCCAGGGAAAUCACUGGCAGCACGGCAUAACCAUCAUCACCCCUGACCGAAAAUUUCUCUUUGCCUGUGAGACUGAACGCGAUCAACUGGAGUGGAUCUCAGCUUUUCAGAAACUAGUCAAUAGGCCGAUGUUGCCACAGGAAUACGCAGUGGAAGCCCAUUUCAAGCAUAAACCAUAGUGAUGGUCUGAAUCAAGAUUGGUUUACAACACACAAGGACAUUGGUUUUGUUUUGUUUUUUUGCAAGGCUAGCAAUGACCAAAAAAAUAAAUUACAUAAUUAGCGAAUCA